UUCGCUCUCAUUGUAUAAGUCUCUUCUAAAUAUUAAAACUCGUAAAUAUGAAUGUUCUUAAGGAUUUCGUGAGAAAAAUGUCUCAAGUUAAAAAGUGGGAACCUUUAAAGCAAGUUGGUAUAAUUGGAGUGCCAUUUGAGAAGGGACAGAAAAAGUACGGAGUGAGUGUGGCUCCAGCGGCUGUGCGGUCGUCAGGGUUGAUUAGUGAAUUAAAAGAAAUCGAUGGCCUUAACAUCAAAGACUACGGAGACAUUGAUAUACCGGCAAGUCACGAAGAUGUGAACGUAGAUAACAUGGUGUCUCUACCUCUUGUGUCUGCCUGCAAUCAUAAUGUUUCGAAGAAAGUGUCUCAAGUGCUACGGGACGGGAGACUUGCUGUUACUAUAGGAGGAGACCAUUCCAUUGGAGUAGGCACAGUAGACGGGCAUUACAAUGUGAACGAAGACAUGAUCCUCAUCUGGGUGGACGCCCACGCGGACAUCAACACAAACAAAACUUCCGAGUCGGGCUCGGUGCACGGGAUGCCCGUCGCACUUCUCGUGAAAGAGCUAUCGGAUUACUGGCCUUAUCUCCCUACUAUGGACUGGCAAGUUCCCAAAUUUUCCAUAAAGAACCUUGGUUAUAUCGGACUUAGAUCUGUAGACCACUAUGAAAGGUUGGCUAUAGAGAAAUACAAAGUGCCUACGUUUGCUAUGGAAGAUAUUGAAGAUCAUGGUAUUGAAACAUCGAUCAACCAUAUUUUACACGUUUUGGAUCCUGGCAAAGAAAAGCCCAUCCACGUAAGCUUCGAUAUCGAUUCCUUGGACGCGCUGGAAGCACCAAGUACUGGAACACCGGUGAGAGGAGGAUUAACUCUACGUGAAGGAAUAAAACUCAUGGAAAUUAUUCAUUCGACGGGCCGUUUGAGAGCACUAGACCUCGUGGAAAUAAAUCCGGCGAUAGGAAAUGACUCCGAUAGAAAAAGGACAAUUGAAGCAGGGCUAUGCAUUUUAAAGGCGGCGCUCGGAUUUUCAAGGCGCGGCACGACCCCGCGAGGCAUUUCUGACUUGCCCGUGCAAACGCAUCACAAUAAGUCUUAAUUCAUAUUCUUAUAAUUUGUUUCACUAAAAAGGGCUAUGAUUAUAUGCUGCACAUAUUGUUUGUACUUAAAUUAGUUUAUAUUGUUAAGAUAACGUGAUUGUAUCUUUUAAAGAAAUAUAUAUUAUCUAACUACUCCACUUAUUAAUUAA